CAGUAAUUUGGAAGGAAUAGAAAAGGCUGUGUGGAAAAAAGCAAUGAAAGUGGAAAAUUUUCCCAAUCAUGAGGUCAUUAAUGAGUUUCUGGUUGCCAAGGAUACCUGUGCUGCGAAGGAGUUUAGACAGCGUCGUCCAUGGAUAGAGAAACUGCAGGACUUCCUCUUCCAGAAGUUGGACUGGCCGCGAGAGUACACGGAGGAAAAGGUCCUGCCUCUGAUCACUCUCUGGGACAUGACAGACAUCCUCCUGACUGGUCAACACAAGCCAGCCCUGCACUUAGUGCCUCAUCGCAUUGUAAAGAGGCGGGUAGACAGGGAGUGCCGUGUUUGGAGGUAGAAUGGAUGCGACAAGACAAUGCCACUGAAGAUAAUCCAUACUACACCACCAUAGAAGAAGAAGAUAAGUUUACACAGUGCUUCUCUGAAACAAUGGGAUUGUUUGAGGGCAUGGAGAAAGCUAGGAAAGUAUCAAAAGGUCGGAAGAAGGUAAAACCUGACAAAGCCCAUUCUAAAGCUCCUGCUGAAGAAGAUGAUAUGGUCUCUUUGGUUGCAGAAAGAUUGAAUAACCUUGAUCUUGACAUCAAGAUCUCUGAAGUAAUGUUAUCAGAUUACUCUGCCAAAGUGAAUUGUGAGAAGAGUGAUGCUAUGUCUGCUGGAAAUGAGGAUUUUCCACCCAGAAUCCAAACUUUGAAACGAAAUACUCGUGUGACAGUGAAAAGUGGACAAGAUGAGCAGGUGUAUGAUUCUGCUAUUGUGAAUGGCAAAGUAAAAACCAACAUGGAAAACAGCAGUAGCGGUACUUUGACUGAGCUUAGUGCAAGAAAUUUUGAGUCCUCCGAUGAUGAUAGUGUGUCAGAGUAUAUUCCCUUAUCACAGCGAAUCAAGAUGGUAGCUAUGAAAGACAGCUGUGUCAAAGUGAAGACAACUCAAGGAGAAAGGCAGAACAAACCAGACUUUGUAACAGAAAAAAUGGGUAAUAGUCCAAGACAAAAACAAAAAGUGGAAAAUGAUACAUUUACCAGAUCUGAUGAUGAUGUGAAGGGAACAGAUCAUCGAUUGAUUGGACAUGAUGCACAUUUGAGUGAAACUUCUUCACCUGUUGCUGCUGAAGACCACAACCAAGCCAAUGUCAGUAAUAGCAGACCUACUAUUAUUAUCAUCUCUACAGCAGGGGGAGACAAAUCUGAUCAGCAUUUGUCAAGUCCCCAAAAGAUUGUAAAUUUGAGUUCAGAGAAAGUGGUUGGUUUCAGUGACUCAGACGCUGGAAAUGGCAGUGUGUAUGAGUUAUUCAGCCCUGACGGUGAUGCAUCAUUAGUAAGAGGUGAUGGUGAUAGUUUGUUAGGUACAGCGGAGGUUAAUGCCUUAGUGACAGAUGAGACAGUGAGGACUUCAGAUGUGAUAACAAUUACCUGUGUACCCGAGGAUGCCUCAGGCAUGGAGCCUGAUCAGAGUAUCCUGUGUACCUGCGAUAAUAGUAUUGACCUCUUCAGCUCUGAAUCAGUAUGUGCCAGCCCACAAAUUAUGGACAACAAAAUAUAUACGAAUCGAGGAAACCCUUUCUCCAGUCCAGACCUUUCUUCUGGGCUAACAAGGAUGCUGAGUCCGUCCUUACAGCAGAAUCACGAGCAAGGAAAUUCUAUAAAGGAUGGACUGUUGAGAAGUUCUCCUGGCAUACCACACGACUUGUCCAGUAUGAAGGUAUUUCUGAAUGAUUCAGGGGUAAACACUGUCUCCACUCCUCAAACAUCUUCAGUAAAGCUUAGGGAAAGAGUGCCAUUUGACAGCCCAGAUCUGUGCAGCAUCAGUCCAGGGUAUGGAUACUUCUAUCUGGAGACCUCUCUGCUAAAUGACACCACAGGGUCACAGAUUAGAGAGCCUCUGACUCCAACAACAUGUAACAAGGAAAUGAAAGUGCAACCGACAAGGAUUGAGUGUGAAAAGAAAAGUGCUGAAUGUGAUAAUGAUGAUAUACUGGUAACUCUAAGUAAAACUGCAGACAUGGUUGGACCAGUAGAGGUGAAUGCAGUUGACUGUGGAAAGGAGUCGAAAGAAACUGUUACUAAAGCCAGAUCACCACUGAAUGAGAUGUGCUAUGCAUCAAUAUGCACAAGCAAAAACUUGAACAAAACCAAACAAUUGUGUCAAUGUAGUGAAGGUUUUGACCUCCACAAGGACAAUCUGCAUACACAAAAUGUUUCAAAGAGUAUUGUCUCUGCUGUGUCUAGCAUAUUGUCAACAAGUUGUCAGCCUGUUUCUGCUGAUAUUUCGAAACAAUCUUCCAUUUGUAAGGAAUUAUCAUCAGGUAAAGAAAAUAAGCUGACAAGGAAAACUAAAAAACAAGGUAAAUCUAACUGCUCUUCAAAGAGCACUCAGAAGAUUGAGGAGCCUGAUCAUGUAGAUUUCUGCAUUGACAAAAUAGCAAAACUACAUGUGAAGGAAAAUGCAUCAGACUUAAACCCAACCAGUCCCUUGGCACUAGUUGACAGACUCAAGUCAAAAUUUGCCUCAUUGGGCACAGUACCAAUUUCAGGGGAAACUAUAUUAAGUGUGAAGAAGGUAAACUCGAAAUAAGAGGUGAAUUAUUUGACA